CUGCGACUUAUUUAGCAAUUGCAUUUUCGCUGCGCCGGCAAACUAAAAAGGUUCUGAGUUUCUUCUCCGCAAUCGCAAAUAUUAGAAUUCCAGCAAAAAUGUUGACCUCCGUCUUUGGUAUGCGGCUGAACACCUACGGUGUUGUUAUUGGAUGGCUGGGCGUGAUUUUCUCCUUCUUGGCCACGAUCCUUUUGUCCGUGGGCCUUGGAUUCGUUGAUGAAAUUGCGCAGCAGAUCGUCGACACCCAGAAAAAUACGGAAAUGACCCUCAGCGAGGUUCGCACCGUGCUCGUCAUACUUUUCAGUGUCUCCCUGGCCCUGAAGAUGAUCAAUCUCCUGGCCUCGGCCAUGUUGGUCCUUGGUACCGUUAAGGAACGCCAUCUGCUCCUGCUUCCUUGGCUGAUCAACAACGGAGUGAUGCUGGCCUUUGCGGUUAUCACCCAUAUUGGCCUGUGGGCCGAGAUCAUCGGAUCAUCGGUGCCCUUGUUCAACGCUCUUCCAAUUAUCUUGCUGUCUGUGCUGGUUCUUGUGCUCGGAUGGUAUCUCUACUACGGCAUCUACUCGCUCUUCAAGCAGAUCCAGGCGUCCAGUGAGAUCCAGCGCCCGCUGAUCCCGCCGGCAACCCACCAGACUAAUUCCUAUCCUAGCUAUACCAAGAUAUAAGCUCUUAUGCAAGCCUUUGACUGCAUCGCAUAAUUUUCGAAUGUUUUCAGUGAAGCUUUCUUAAGUAACCUAUUAUUCAUUGUUAGUAACACCAAAAUUUGGAACUAUAUUGUAAUUUCGAUGCAGCAAAGAAGGAAUAUUUCGAUGUACUUCUUAUAUAUCUACUUAUAUGCGUCUCUAUUUUUAUCUAUUCGAACGAAAUUGCCAAUUUCGAAAAUUCGAUUGGCCCUGAAAAUAUAUUUUGUAUACACACA